GUGAAGAAGCAGCGAGGACGACCCCCGGACGGACCAAACCCGCGCGCCGCUGUAUACCCGUGUUCAGCGCCGACGUCCCCUGCCGCCGCCAUGCCCAAAAGAAAGGCUGAAGGGGAUGCUAAAGGAGACAAAGCCAAGGCGAAGGACGAGCCACAGAGAAGAUCUGCAAGGUUGUCUGCUAAACCUGCUCCUCCAAAGCCAGAGCCCAAGCCUAAAAAGGCCCCUGCAAAGAAGGGAGAGAAGGUACCCAAGGGGAAGAAGGGGAAAGCCGACGCUAGCAAGGAUGCGAAUAACCCCGCAGAAAAUGGAGAUGCCAAAACAGACCAGGCACAGAAAGCUGAAGGUGCCGGAGAUGCCAAGUGACGUGUGUGCAUUUUUGAUAACUGUGUACUUCUGGUGACUGUACAGUUUGAAAUACUAUUUUUUAUCAAGUUUUAUAAAAAUGCAGAAUUUUGUUUUACUUUUUUUUUUUUUUUAAGCUAUAUUGUUAGCACACAGAACACUUCAUUGUUGGGGGGGUGGG